AUGGAUGUCUGCCGAUUCCAUCGGAUGAUGACGGGACUCAUAGGGGUAUAUCAUGACUGGUGUGAGCCGUUCAACAGCUAUCCACGCACAUUUGAUGUGUUGCAUUCUAGAUUUUUGUUUUCAAACUUAAGUCAGAGGUGUGACAUCAUUGAUGUUUUUGUGGAGAUUGACCGCUUGCUGAGACCUGGGGGUACACUUUUAGUUCGUGACACCAAUGAUAUGGUUGAUAUGCUUGGACCAAUAUUGAAAUCAAUGCAUUGGUCAACAACUCUUUAUGAUGCAGACUUUCUUGUUGCGGAGAAAACGUUUUGGCGGCCUGCAGCUGUGAGUGAACAUAUAGUGCUUGCUGCGCGUAUGGCUCAUGUAAUUGAGGUCAAUGAGGAUGAGAAGUCUGGAAUAGAAGCAAUUGGUUUGAGCAUUUGA